AUGUCGUUGUAGUUUUAUCAGAUGCAAAUUACAGUGUCUUUUAUUACUAAUCAUUUAAUAUGAGGUUCCAUAAUAUAAAAGGUGUUUGGCUGGUGUUCCUUUAUAAAUAUUUAGUAACCCUUGAGUAACAUAACAUAUAAUAAAACAGAAUAUAUUUUAAGAAAAAAAAAGACUUUGCGUGUGAUAUACAUAGUUAUAUGGUAUUGUUGUAAAAGUAGCAUUACAUACGUGAUGGAAUGACUCUUUUGACAGUUAUAAACAGUUUCUUAAAAUCUUUGUAAAUUCAUUAGAUAUACAACAAAUCAGUUGUAAAUACAACAACAUAUUGAUAAGAAGUAAAUAAUUUGUUGUCAGGAUAUAAUACUUAUGUGCUUAUUUAUAUAGCAAUUGUUGAUUAAAAUUUUCCUCCUAUUAAAAUUCUAUAUAAAUGAAUCAUCAACUUCAAGCUUAACCCACUAAUGCUAACGUGCAAAUAAAAAAUAGAUAAUCCUUAAAAAUUAAAAUAGACUCAGCGGCUCUUAAAAUUUUAAUUUGUUGUCACGUACUAAUAUUUCAAGUGGCAAUAUGUCAAAACGUAUGUUUCUGUAUACUUAUAAGAACAAGUAUAAUAAUUUAUUAUUUAAACUUUAAUGUCUAUUGUACGGUAUUGAAACGUAAAGGAUAUUGGUGAGUUAAAAUGCGCUAUUUAAAUAUAAUUACAUAACAACGUUUAAUUAUUACAAAACAAUAUUUUUAACAAUAAAUAAUCUUUACUUCUUUACUUAUAGGACAAUUAAUGACUGUUCUUUUUUAAUAAAACGCCUGUAUGUAAGUAUGUAAGACAUUUUAAAAAAUAGAUCAUUGGCACUACGCUUGGAAAUUAUAUAUUAAUUAAUUAUUUAUAUAUUAAUUUCAAAGCGUGGUGCCAAUGAUGUAUUUUUUAAAAUCAAAUUUCCACUUUAGUUGCUUUUGUAAAGUUUUGCCUAAUUCGGUAGUAAUGACGAUAAUUUAAUAAUUUUGUUGUUUUUAAAACUAAGAUUAACUUCAAAAAUGAAAAAAGAAGAAAAACUACCAAAUCAUAUCAAAUUCAAUGAAAUUCUUUAGCGGUUUAGUAUAUUUUUGAACAAAAGGCAAAAAUAUAUUGCUAGGGAUUUGCUACAACAGGUGUAAUACAGAUUAGUCUAUGGUGUUUUUGUUUUCCAAAGGCUCUUUUCGAUUAUUUAAUAAAAGAAAAUUGUAACUCUAAAAAUGUUUUGAAAGUAGUUAAGUCAUGUGUCCAUCUUUUAUUUCAAGUAAAUAAAUAUAUAAUCAGUUUCUUUUAUUCGAUAAGAUUAAUAUUUGAAACGUGUUUUUAUCAGCUUCGGAACGACGACGACGACUGUGGGUUAAAACUACUUAUUUAUAUCUGAAGUAUUUGAUAAUUUUCCUUGCUUCUACUUACUUUAAUUAUAUAACUUAUUCCAUCAGACACCAGCGAUACAUCAAUAUUAUUUAUGAAAAAGUUACUUCUCUUAAGUAUGAAAAAGAAUUUAAUUAUUGUUUUGUGUUUCUGUGUAUAUUUAAGUGAUUGUGUUAAGUUCACAAGAUGCAAGCUGGCAUCGGAGUUAUUAAAAACGAAGCUGAUAGAAAAGACUUUCCUCGGAAAUUGGGUGUGCCUAAUUGAAAAAGUGAGUAACCGGGACACGGCGGCAUUUCACGUCACACCCAGUGGGAAGAAAUUAUAUGGAUUAUAUCAGAUACCCAACAAAUGGUGCCGUGAGGGUAAAAAAGGUGGAGACUGCAACGUUGCUUGUGAAUCUCUCCUCGACGAUGACAUACGUGACGACACCGCGUGUGCUCAGCUAAUCUUCUACCGCGAAGGUUUCAAAUAUUGGAGCCAGUGGACCAUCAGGUGUAAGAACGAUGACCUCAUUACUAAAGAAAUAUAUAAGUGUCCUGAUCUUAGUUCGAGGAGGAGCCCGGAAAGUGACAUCACUCUAGUUGCAAGAUUGAGACGGAGAUUGGCAAGAAGAGAGGUGCUACAAUCAAAUUUGUAUACUUACUAUGGAAUAAAUAAUUGGAUCCGUUGAAUUAUCGAUUUUCUAUACUUAGUCUCCAUUA